AUGGAGGAUCAAAAACAGACGAGUUUCACUUUUGAGAUAGAUAACUUCUCCUACAAGGAAGCUUUGGUAAAAUCACCAACAUUCUCAAGCGGCGGCUGCGAAUGGUAUGUUAAGGUUUAUCCCAAAGGAGAUAUUCUUGAUGAUCAAUUGGCUAUGUACCUCUGUGUUGCGAAUCCUGAAUCAUUGAGACUUGGAUGGAAAAGGCGAGCUAGUUAUUCCUUCGUUCUGUUGAAUACAUCAGGCAAAGAACUCUUCAGAAAAUAUGAAUCGUGCCCGUUGUUUUGCGCUCAGUUCUCAGGACGGGGUACAACAAAAUCCGUGCCUCUUAAAGAUCUUCAAGAAAAAGGGUUUUUGGAGAAGAAUAAACUGAGAGUUAAAGUGGAAGUAAAAGUAGUUGAAGUUGUUGAUCAAGGAGUUGUCACUGGUAAUGAGACGUUUGAUUUCAAUGGUUUCCAAAUUCUAUAUUCUCAGUUUAUUUCAGUGAGUCGGCUUUUCGUAGAACAUCCUGGCAUUGCUGUAAAUAUCAGACCAAAGAGCAAACCGGUCAAGACAACAUACAUGAAUCUCCUCCUCAAUCUCAUCGAGUUACUGAACAAGCCUCCACAUAGCUUCACGGAAACUGACCUAAGCAACGCGCAAAGCGAGUUGAUCGAUCUUACAGAAGUAGGAUUCAAGCUAGACUGGUUGAAGACAAAGCUUGAUGAAGUUUUCUUGGAGAGGAAGAAAACGAAUGCUGCUGAUGGUUCUCGAGUCCAAGAACUCGAGGAACACAUCAAGAAUCUCAAAGUUGAACUGAACGAGGAGAAGGUCAAGUCUGCUACUUCUGGUGCUAAAGUUCUGUCAUUGGAGCAGACUGUGUGGGAUCUUAAAGAUGAGGUGUCAGAUCUCAAAGUUGUGGUGUCUGAUCUUAUAAAUGUUGAGUCAGAAGACUCAGAAUUUGAAGAUGAGGUGUCGGAUCUCAAAGAUGAGCUGAACAAGAAUGAGGCCAAAUCUGAUACUUGUGCUGCGCAUUGUUUUUCGUGGGAGCAAACGGUGUCCGAUCUCCAAGAUGAGCACAUUGUUUUUCGUCCGAUCUCAAAGAUGAGCACAUUGUCCGAUCUCCAAGAUGAGCUGAACAAGGUGAAGGAUAAAUCUGAUACUUGUGCUGCUAAAGUUUUGUCUUUGGAACAGAUGGUGUUGAGUCUCAAGGAGAAGAGUGUUGUUGGCUCUUGGGAAGUAUUGGACUACGCGGAUCUCCAUAAUGAAAAGUAG